GAUUGGGUUAAACAAUGUAACCUUUCAACAGGAUAUGAUUUUACAGUUCUUCCGGUGUUGCAGCUCUGCUGAGUGUGCAGCAAGAUGGCGGGCAGUGGGGUUUCUGUAGCAGCGCUCUGGACUGAAGUAAAUCGAUGUGGGCAAAACGGAGACUUCUCUCGAGCGCUGAAAUCUGUGAAUAAAAUUCUGCAAGAAUGCAAAGAUGACGUCACAGCUUUAAACUGUAAAGUUGUCUGCCUAAUUCAGAAUAGUAACUUCAAGGAAGCUCUGAACGUUAUCCAUACCCACAAUAAAGUGUUUGGCAGCGAUGUCAUUGCUUUUGAGAAAGCUUAUUGUGAGUACAGAUUGAACAGAGUGGAAAACGCCCUGAAGACAAUUGAAAGCGCAAGCCAGCAGACAGAUAAGCUAAAGGAACUUUAUGGCCAAGUGUUGUAUAGGUUGGAGCGCUAUGAGGAGUGUUUGGCAGUGUAUCGGGACCUGAUCAGAAACUCUCAGGAUGAUUAUGAAGAAGAAAGGAAAACAAACUUAUCUGCAGUAGUUGCAGCUUUGAGUGCCUGGGAACAGGCUUCACCGGAAGACCUUGGACUGCCUGAAACCUCUUAUGAGCUGUGCUACAAUUCUGCUUGUACACUGAUUGGUCAAGGCAGGCUACCUGAGGCUAUGAAAAAACUUCAAGAAGCAGAAGAACUCUGCCGUCAGUCUUUGUCUGAAGAUUCUGAUAUGACUGAAGAAGAUAUUGAUGCUGAGCUGGCUGUGAUCCAUUCCCAAAUGGCCUAUGUCAUGCAGUUGCAGGGACGGACUGAAGAUGCUUUGCAGCUAUACAAUCAAGUCAUCAAAUUAAAGCCCACGGAUGUUGGAUUGCUUGCUGUCACUGCUAAUAACAUAAUAACUAUUAACAAGGACCAAAAUGUGUUUGACUCCAAGAAAAAGGUGAAAUUAACCAAUGCAGAUGGUGUGGAGCACAAACUUGCCAAAAAACAGCUGCAGGCUAUUGAUUUUAACAAGGCUUUAUUGGCCAUGUACACGAAUCAGGCAGAUCAAUGCUGUAAACUAGCUGCAAGUUUACAGUCCCAGAAUCCAGGUCAUCCACGACCAGUGUUAAUCCAAGUCUCACAGCUUUGCAGAGAAAAGCAGCAUUCAAAGGCUAUAGAUCUACUGCAGAGUUUCUCAGAAAAACAUCCAGAGAGUGCAUCAGAAAUAAAACUAACAAUGGCUCAGUUGUAUGUGGUUCAAGGUCACGUAACGAAAGCAUGUGACAUCUUGCGGUCCAUAGAAGAUCUUAAGCACAAACAAGGCAUUAUUUCUGCAUUGGUUACAAUGUAUAGCCAUGAAGAAGACAUUGACAGCGCCAUUGAUGUCUUUAGCCAAGCUAUUCAACACUACCAGGAGCAUCAGCCAAACUUAUCUGCUCAUUUAUCACUUGUAAGAGAAGCCGCGAAUUUCAAGUUAAAGUAUGGACGAAAAAAGGAGGCUAUAAGUGACCUUGAGCAGUUGUGGAAGCAGAAUCCAAAGGAUAUACACACAUUGGCACAACUCAUCUCUGCUUACUCAUUGGUAGAUCAAGAAAAAGCUAAAUCGCUUAGCAAGCACCUGCCAUCAGCAGACAAAAUGUCUUUCAAUGUUGAUGUAGAUGCGCUGGAGAAUUCACACGGAGCUACUUAUGUUAGAAAGAAGGCAGCAAAGGUGACUGGCGAAAUUAUACCAAAUCAACAAGGACAAGGGGAUAUAAAGAAAAAGAAGAAGAAAAAGAAAGGUAAACUGCCAAAGAAUUGUGAUCCUAAAGCUACUCCAGAUCCAGAGAGAUGGCUCCCAAUGCGAGAGCGCUCUUACUAUCGGGGAAAAAAGAAGGGUAAAAAGAAGGAGCAAGUUGGCAGAGGUACACAGGGCGCAACAUCAGGUGCAUCGGGAGAACUGGAUGCAAGUAAAACAGCAAGUAGUCCUCCUACGUCUCCGAGGCCUGGCACUGCAGCUUCAUCAGUCACUUCAAGCAGCGUGGUACCCCCUAGACAACAGAAGCCAACUGCAUCUGGGGCAACCAGAAAGAAACCACAGCAAAAGAAAAAGAAGGGUGGAAAAGGUGGAUGGUGAUUGCUGAAGCAAAAAACAUGUUCAUCAGUCUGAGUGGAGGAAUUCUUUAAUUGGAAUAAGUUAAAAUAUGAAAUUAAAAUGUUAACAUGAAGUUUUCUGUUUUAAAAAGGAACUUUGUUUUGUUUAAAUACGGUUUAACGUCUGUAUAAAUGUGUAAUAAUGGGGGAAUCAAUCCUGUUUACAUUGCUGUUUUAAAAAUAAAUGGAACAAUCACUUAA